UGCAUCAGGAUGUUGAUCAGACUGCAGUGUAACGUUCACCAGCUGGUUAAUGUGUAAACUCAGAGCCGAGCGCACGGUGAAGAUAAAAGCUGGAGUGAAUCCAUGCUACAUGUCUCCUCUUGGACAAGACACCGGAGGUGAUAAAAUGGGGAGAAAGACCCAGUGCUGCUUGACUUUUGCCCUUCUGCUGAUGGUGGCCUUGGCUGACCACCAUGAAGGCCACGAUCAUGGAGAACAUUCAGCAGAUCACUCUCACCAUUUCCACCACGAUACGGACAAACCUCAUCCCAGUCACAAUGGAAACGAUGACUUAUGCCACAAGCUCUCACCUCACAAUGCUGACUUUGCCUUCUCCCUGUACAAUAAGCUCUCCAACCAGGCUGAUGCCAAAGGCAAGAACAUCUUCUUCUCUCCACUGAGCAUUUCCAUGGCUCUGUCUAUGUUGGCUCUGGGAGCCAAGGGGGAAACCCACUCACAGAUCUUCAGCACUCUGGGCUACAGUUCAUUCACAGAAGAUCAAGUCAAUGAAGCCUAUGAGCACCUGUUGCACAUGCUAGACCACAGCCAGGAGGCCAUGCUGCUGGAGACAGGAGGUGGUCUGGCUGUCAGAGAAGGCUUCAAACCUGUCGAUAGGUUUUUGAAGGAUAUUCAACACUUCUUCCAUGCAGAGGCCUUUACUGUGGACUUUUCCAAACCUGACAUUGCUGUCCAAGAGGUCAAUAAGUUCAUUGCCAAGAAGACCAAAGACACCAUCACUGACAUGGUAAAGAGCCUGGAUCAAGAUACCAUCAUGGUGCUCAUCAACUACAUCUAUUUCAGAGGUAAAUGGGAGAAACCCUUUGAAGUGGAUCACACUCACAAAGCUGAUUUCCAUGUGGAUGUGAACACCAAAGUGACUGUGGACAUGAUGAAGAGAACCGGACGCUAUGACAUCUACCACGAUGUUAAUAACUUCACCUCAGUCAUCAUGGUGCCCUACAAAGGCAACACCUCCAUGAUGAUUGUUCUGCCUGAUGAGGGAAAACUAGAGGAGGUGGAGAAACACCUCAGCAAGGAAGACCUCAAAUACUGGCAUGACAAACUGUUCAGAAGCUCUGUGGAUCUGUACAUGCCCAAGUUUUCCAUCUCUGCCUCUUCCUGCCUUGGAGACACUUUGAAGGAAAUGGGCAUUGUUGAUGCGUUCUCUGACAAUGCAGACUUCUCAGGGAUGAGUGAGAAGACCAAACUGAAGGUUUCCAAGGCUCUCCACCAGGCAGUCCUCAAGGUCGAUGAGAAAGGAACUGAAGCUUCUGCUGCCACCACCAUUGAGAUCAUGCCCAUGUCUCUACCAGAUACAAUAAACCUCAACAGACCCUUCCUGGUCUUCAUUGUGGAGGACAGCACCAAGAGCAUCCUCUUCAUGGGCAAGAUCACCAACCCUACUGAGCAGUAAUGGUCUGAUCCCAUUCUAGAAGAUGUAAUGAUUGAAGAGCAGGUGUUUCAGAGGUAGCUCUUUCUGUCCAGGACUGGAUUUACUGAAAUGCAGUUCAGCUCCUCUCAGGUGUAGCGUGAACAUCGUCUGAUCUCUGAGUGAAGCGGAUAAAGAGACGAUGACCAACAAGAGGUUUUUAUUUAAACCUGUUUCCUGUUUCUGGAUGUUUCUGAUUAACACAGAUCACAGAUUUAAUAACACGACUCGUCUGAACAGCAAUAAAUGUAUGCAAAUUACA